AUGUUCUUAAGCUCCAGCACAUAUCCUGAGAUUCAUGGGUAUUUGCAUGCAAAGGAGCAGGGAAAGAAAUCGUGGAAAAAAUUGUACUUUCUUUUGAGAAGAUCUGGUCUUUAUUUUUCCACUAAAGGUACAUCUAAGGAGCCAAGGCAUCUGCAGUUUUUCUGUGAAUUCAGCAAUAGUGAUAUGUACAUGUCUUUGACAGGCAAAAAAAUUUCUGGAGCACCAACAAACUAUGGAUUCUGCUUUAAGCCUAGCAAAUCAGGAGGAACCAGAGACCUGAAACAGCUCUGUGCAGAUGAUGAACAAAGUAGGAUCUGUUGGAUGACAGCAAUUAGGUUGCUUAAGUAUGGGAUGCAGCUGUAUCAGAAUUACAUGCAACUGUACCAAGGUAGAAGUGGCUGCAGCCCUUUGAGUAUAACACCUAUGAGAAGCAUUUCAGAAAAUUCUUUAGUAGCAAUGGAUUUCUCAGGACGCAGAAGCAGAAUUAUUGAAAAUCCAACAGAAGCCCUUUCAGUUGCAGUUGAAGAAGGAUUAGCAUGGCGGAGGAGAGGGUGUCUACGACUCAACUCACAUGGUAGUCCUCUUGCCAUAUCUAACAUAGCUAUACACAGAUCUCAGUCAUGGUUUCAUCACAAAAUCUCUAGAGAAGAGGCUCAGAGACUUAUUUUGCAGCAUGGACUUGUAGAUGGGGUAUUCCUGGUACGUGAUAGCCAAAGUAACCCCAAAACGUUUGUAUUGUCAUUGAGUCAUGGAUUAAAAAUAAAGCAUUUUCAAAUUGUACCAUUGCAAGAUGAUGGAAAGCUAUUCUAUACCCUUGAUGAUGGUCAUACCAGAUUUACUGAUCUCAUCCAGCUAGUGGAAUUCUACCAACUUAAUAAAGGAGUACUACCUUGCAAGUUAAAACACUAUUGUGCACGAAUUGCUCUUUAACCAAAGCAUCUGUUGUUUCAUCAGAGGGAAAGGAAAAUACUGUAAUACUUUUUCCCCUAGGGGCAAUUUGUAUAGUAAAAAGAGAAAAAGCAUUACAUUGUAAAGUUUCUAUGUUUAAGCUGAAAAAAAAAAAAUAUUCUUUAUAGAUAAGGACUUUGUGAUUGUCACAGAAAAAUUAACAUUACGUUUUUAAAAAACAUUAUUUCCUAU